UCAUUCACAGUGUUAUAUAUGUAACGUAAUUUUUCACUAUCAUGAAUUUCUUAUAAGUGUUUUCUGUCACACGGAUUAUUGAAUCACAAUGGCUAGUGGUUUCCGAACUGCUGAUGGGACGUACGCUGACGGAUCCUGGGAGUUGAAUAUUAGAGUAACGGACUUGCCAAUUAAAAAUGAUCGGGGUGAAACAGUUUCAGAACAUCUUGUACCAGUUCUUGUACGCAGUGAGGAUUCUGUGGGAUUCGCAAUCUCUAGAUUAGUGGAAGCUUUGAAAUUAAAAUUUGAUGUGACUCAGGAUUGGUCAGGUUAUGAGAUGUGGUGGCCAAAGAAAAAUAAAUGGCUGAUGAACAGCAAUCAUGCCUUGGUGAGAGAAGAAGUUCAGGCUGAUGCUGAAUUAUGGUUCACUAUGAGACAUAAGACACUUCGAAUCCAACUAUGCGAUCUGCAAUACGCAAAUAUUAGAGUUGAUUUUUCAUCAAAAGUUUUCACAGCGGUGAAAGAAAUUUGUAGAUUUUUUGAUAUUCGUCGACCUGAGGAAUUAUCUUUACUUCGCGUCCAAGAGAAAAGAGACGGCCACAAAAAUUCUCCACAGAGAUCUCACGCAAACGGAAGUUCUUACGAUGAAGGACUCAUCGCUCCAAACGUUCUCAAUCCAAGCAUGACUCCGACAUCUCCUUACACCCCAGGUUCACCGAUGUACAACACAUUGACACCAAAGAACAAGGGAAACAGCCCGCUGUCUGCAAACAGUCUUGAACUUCUUGAUGCCGCCUUCAUCAAUCCGAGAGUUUUAACAAAAUCACCUCUAAAACCUUCCCCCGCUGCUCUAUGUAAUCUAUUCCGACCUAAAUCACUACAUGACAAAGCCAGACGGAACAUGGGAUGGCUGGACAGUUCCAAAUCCCUGAUGGAACAAGGCGUCAAAGAAAGCGACACUUUACUUCUCAGAUUCAAAUUUCUUUCUUUCUACGACCUUAACCCCAAGUACGAUGCGAUUCGGGUCAACCAAUUAUUCGAGCAAGCACGUUGGUCGUUACUUUGUGAAGAAGUCGACUGUACAGAGGAAGAGAUGAUCAUGUUUGCUUCUUUGCAGUAUCACAUUUCAAGACUUGCGGAAAAUGUCACAGAGGAUUUCAAUGAUGACGAUAAAAAUAAGGACAUAGAUGAAGCAUUGCAUGAGUUGGAGGACAGUCUUGGAAUGGGGGGAAAUAACCCUAAGGGAGACAUAACCAGUGUUCCAGAACUAGCGGAUUACAUCAAAUAUUUCAAGCCGAAAAAACUCAUCAAAUCAUACAAGAAGCAUUGGUUCACAUUCAAGGAUACAACGAUCUCAUAUUUCAAAAGUCAGGAGGAAGCUGCAGCUCACAGCCCAGCUAUUGAUCAGUUCUGUGUGAAAGGAGCGGAGGUCAUACCAGAUGUGAAUAUCAAGGAUAACAAGUAUGUGAUCAAACUAUUGUUGCCAACGCAUGAUGGAAUGACGGAGGUCGGAUUGAGAUGUGAUAAUGAUGCAGUGUACUCUCGAUGGAUGGCGGCUUGCAAACUGGCAGCUAAAGGCCGAACAAUGGCUGAUUCGAGUUAUAAUUCCGAGGUCGACAAUUUGAAGACUCUGUUGAAAAUGCAGAAAACAGGAUCAGGAGGAACGCACAGCGUUGAAGGGUCCGGAACAGUCGACAACGUGAAUAUUGAGCCGGAAUAUUUCAUUGCUAGAAGACAUCUGAAGAAGCUUGGCAACAAGCAUGUUGUCAAGAAGAUUCAGGAAUCAGUGACGUACUACAACACUUACAAUUCAAUAAAUGCUAAGCUGGCUUACAUCAAGGCCUGGCAAGCUCUGCCGGAGUUUGGUUUAACUCAUUUCUACGUCAGAUUCAAGGGACAAAGGAGGGAGGAGCUUGUUGCAUUUGCAUUUAACCGUCUGAUACGAAUGGACCCAAAUACUGGAGAAGCAUUGAAAACUUGGAGAUACAACACAAUGAAGGAAUGGAGCGUGAACUGGGAAUCCAAGAAUCUUAUGAUCCAUGUUGCUGGGGGAGACGACGUUAACUUCUUGUGCUCAAAACAAUCUCCCAAACUUCUCCAUGAAUUCCUGGGCGGAUACAUUUUCCUUUCGAUGCGAAAUAAAGACAACGACGACAGACUGGACGAAGAUUUGUUUCAUAGAUUAACAGGAGGAUCGAUCGAUCAUGAAAAAUAGUUGCAGAGGAAACUGUUACCCCUGCAACAAUAACAACCUAACAUAUCAUGAACUUACACAAUUUGGUAUCAAAGGUGGAAUCUGCUGCAGUGUUAUCACCAACAGCUCUGGGGUCAGAAAGUUUCAAAUCCGAGCCAUUCCAGACUUCGGCUUCAUUCACUAGAAAUCUCCAUUCAAAUACGAACUAAGUCAUACUACUGCGUCACCAUGUACAUUCCUUAUUCGAAAUGAUAUGAGAGGAAAGUGACGAGACAAUAGCCAAGCGAGUGUCAUGUUUAUAUCUUUUGCUGCCUUUUUUAUGUAAAUGUAUUUUAAAUAUUUCAUUGAGUUUUAUUUUCCCAUAGGAAUGUGCUGGUGAACUGAGAUUCAAAAAGUUGACAGGCAGAAUUCUGUUAUGCAUAAACGGCAAAAUGCAGAAUUCUGUUAUGCUUGAUUGGUUUAUAUUAAUUUUUCUAGUACUUUUCGGUGAUUCUUUCUCGAAAAGUAUACAUUGUUGUUUGCGUGAUUGUUGUGCGUCCUUAAUUAUUUGAUUUGUAAAUUAAAUGACCGUUAUUGGCAGACUAUGAGAACCAACCAAUCUUUCAGGAAUAUAACUAAAUAGGUAUUGGUUGUUGUUUUAGUAAUUGAUUGUAGCGUUAUCUCGGAGUGCACAGGACUUUGCAAAUUAAAAAAAAUCAGACUCACUUGCCGAACGUUUUCUUGUUGCGAUCAAAAUGCUUUACUCGCAGUUGCCCAUUUCACACAAAACUUAUUUAUAAAUCAUGACAGUUUAUCUUCAAAAUAAAGCCUGUAAAUAUCUUGCACUAAUCGUCUGGUGACCUUAUGAUGUCAUAUUUUGUAUUGUAAUGUCAUAAAACCAUAUACCGGUAACCAAGUUAUGAAUUUUUCUUUUUCUUCGUAACUUCAGUAAUAAAUAACGAAAUAUAUAUUG